AGCAUAGAUCUGCUACGGCCAUUUGACUCUCCUCAAAAAUGUGUACCUUCAACUGACGAUGAUCGAGGUGUAAAAGUACCCUGAAAAUAAGUCAUCUUCCGAGACGCCUUAACAGGACACAGAUUUUGGACGUGCUGCAAUAAUCGUGUCAAGAUGUGAGCAUUUCGAGAAACCGGCUGCCAACUAAUGUCUUCCAAUGUUUUCGUCUGCCAUCUUCCGUCACUGCGACCCCCUACUGUCUAGAAACUGUUUCGGCCUUCCGUGAAUUCCGUGUUCUGCACGAUUUCUCUCAUACACGAAAAUUGUAAUGGAACCCAUAGAGUGAAUGAAUUCUUCUUAUAACUGCUACGCGUUUUUAAUACGGGAAGGAUAUCCCGCUGAAAUCUAUAAUAAAAAUAAAGGAAAACGUAAAUGGACAUCUAUGCCAUUUGACAAAGGGUACGCAAAACAUAGCAAUUCGCGUAACAAUCUGCUAUGAGUAACAUUAUCUACUAAACUAGAUGCACAAAUAGGUCUGCUGGCUGAAAAAUAAAUCAUUGUCGACAGUGUAUGACACCAUUGCGAUAAGGAGAUCGAUUAACGAGCAUCUGUUACAAGAUGGCCGCUUUCUGGAAAUUUUACUAUUAUAUCGUUGAAUUGCGUCUAAACAUACCUAUGUGCCGACUUAUUAUUUGGCUUUUAUCUGCUCAGUCAGCCUAAUGCUGUCCAUAAUAGUCAUUUCAUAUUCGCGAGUGGCUGUAAAACUGGUACAACGCAAGACGAAAUCCUUUUUGAUCAUAAUCCACUCGCUUCAGCUUCCUGAUUUUGGGUCCAAGUCGACGCACUCACGGAUCUGUCUCACCGUCCUCACUUUAGUUCGUUAAAGAACACGAACUUAAUAGAUUAACCGAUUGUAAGAUAACCUGGAAGCAUUGCAUUAUGUACUAGAAUAAAUGUAGGCCAAUCUAAAUUUCUCUCCCUAAUUCAUCGAUACGAUAUGGUAUUAAAGCCACUACCCCAAUUAGCCGUUUCUCAGAUAUUUACUGCAACUGAAACAUUGUGCUCAGGGUUCUCUCUGACUCCUCUAUGAAGACAAUGUGUCAGUUUAUCAUAGUAAAAAUGCAACGAUGAAGGAACCGAAAAUGUUUAUACAUCCGUUCACACUUGAGACUGCGCAGACCUAAUAAUGACCUCAACAUGUUCAGAGCGUAACGAGCUUAUAGAAGAGUCAGCAUUCUCGGGCCCGAUCUGUCGUAGCUGUUCUGACUGAUUUUGACAAAGCAUUCAGAUAAGCUUCUGUCCUACAUACGUAAAUACAGUUAUUGAUAACGCUAGUUAAGUAAGGUGCACUCAUUGGCUGGCAUGGCUACGUGUAUCGCUGAAUCAAUGUGAAGACAGGGAGAUUCGACGUUACAUGCGUACGAUCGUCAAAGAAAAGUCGUGGCGAUAAUAAUUGGAUGCAAUCAAGCUCAUGUUUCGCCUCUUGCCAUCUGGAGGUAAUAAUAGCUUCGCUAGUUCUACGUUACACGAAUUCUCACAAAAAACCUCAACCACUUCCUCGAACUUCAGCCAACGCCUUCCACUGAUGUCGUCGGUUCAACGUAGAAACAUGUUUGCAUCGUUUAAGGCGGGCGUCUCAAAUAUUCCGGGUUCCGCAGACAGUGGAGCUUGCGGUCUGAUGGAGAGCCCGGCAGGCCAAACAGCACUUGGAACACCGAUGCUGAACGUCCUGGGUCCAGUGCUUAAGCAUGGAAGUGUCGAUAAAUUCCCAGAUCCUUCCGACCAUUUACUUCUUAGCGAUGCCACUCCGGUCGAUGGCUGUGAGGUAGGAAUGAGUGAUCGCGUGGAUUCGCACCGUUCGAUCCCGAUCAACGGGUAUGCGGCCUCUAUCGUCACGCCGCCACUAUCAGGGGCCAAGCCCCCGUUGCCUCAUCAAUCCCGCUUCCGAAAUAACGUCAUCUCAACUGCCAAGUACACAAUGUACACUUUUCUACCAAAGUUCCUUUUCGAGCAGUUUCGACGAUACUCAAAUAUAUUUUUCUUAUUUGUUGCUAUUAUGCAGCAAAUACCAGGGGUAUCACCGACAGGAAGGUUUACAACGGCUGUCCCGUUGGCUUUUAUACUCAUGGUGUCCGCUCUAAAAGAGAUAAUUGAAGAUUUUAAACGGCAUGUGGAAGAUCGCUCGAUCAACCGAAGCAAGGUGCUGGCUCUACGAUCUUCUCCAUCAGCGCCGCCGGGAUCUCGUCGAGCCUGGGUGGAGCUGCAGUGGGCUGAUGUAGUAGUCGGAGACUUCCUUAAAAUUGACUCUGGACGUUUCUUUCCCGCAGACAUGAUCCUGAUAUCGUCGAGCGAACCGGAGCGUAUGUGUUAUAUCGAAACAGCUAACCUUGAUGGGGAGACGAAUCUAAAGGUUCGUCAAGCUCCCAAGGAUCUGCCAACCUGGAUGGAAUCUGAGAAAUUAGACGAACUGCGAGGAACGGUCAAUUGUGAGCUCCCCAAUCGGCAUUUGUACGAGUUCAACGGUAGCAUCUGCUUAGAACAGGUUGUUAAAGGUAUUACUUCGACGAAGACUAUUGCUGUGAACAAUGACGCAGUUCUUCUUCGUGGAGCUAUACUCAAGAAUACAGAUUGGGUGUAUGGGUUCGUCAUCUACACAGGCCAUGAAUCCAAACUUAUGAUGAAUUCAACUGCGCCACCCCUUAAACGGUCAACAGUCGAUAAAAUCACCAAUAAACAAAUCACCAUGAUGGGCAUCAUUCUCGUGGUAAUCUCGCUUAUAUCGGCGAUCUCUUCGCAAAUAUGGAACCAUGGGGCCGUAGAUGUCGUCUGGUACGUUCCCAAGGCGAAAUACGCAAACUUCGGACUUGAUUUUUUAACAUUCGUCAUCUUAUACAACAAUCUCAUUCCGAUAUCCCUACAGGUUGCGCUAGAAGUGGUUCGUUAUAUUCAAGCGUCGUUUAUUAAUCAGGAUAUGGAAAUGUAUCACGCUGAAACAGACACUCACGCUAAUGCCCGUACUUCGAAUCUGAAUGAAGAACUCGGAGAGGUGAAAUAUAUUUUCUCCGAUAAGACGGGUACGCUGACGUGCAAUAUUAUGGAGUUCAAGAGAUGUUCCAUUGGCGGACGAAUGUUUGGACACGCGGAAACCGGAGUUGAUCCUCAGGAAAUCCGCGCUCUUCUCACUAAGAAGGACGCGUUAGCCAAACAGAUAAUGGAUUUCUUUACACUAGUGGCCGUAUGUCACACGGUCGUUCCAGAAAUUUCAGCGAGCGAAUGCGACGAAGAAAUCACAUAUCAAGCAGCUUCUCCGGACGAAGGAGCUCUGGUCAAGGGUGCUGCCCACUUGGGCUUUGUCUUUACUCGGAGAAAACCAGCAGAAUGUGCCAUCGAGAUUUUCGGUGAACCGCGGAUCUAUCAAAUUCUUAAUGUAAUUGAUUUUACAUCGGCAAGGAAGCGAAUGAGUAUUGUGGUGCGAGCUCCUGAUGGACGAAUACUCAUCAUGUGCAAGGGCGCGGACACGAUGAUAUAUGAACGACUAUCGGCCAAUAACGAUCCCCACCUGACGGCGACUGUCCUCGAACAUCUAGAGGUGUUCGCAUCUGAUGGACUCCGAACGCUGUGUCUUGCCGCAGCUGAAGUGAGUCCUGCCUUUUACGAGGAAUGGCGGGUCCAAUUUGAAGAGGCCUCAUCAGCUAUCCAUCAACGAGAAGAGCGCGUUGCAGAGGUGGCGAAUCGGAUUGAGCAGAAUCUAAUGCUGUACGGAGCAUCUGCCAUUGAAGAUCGUCUACAAGAUGGUGUACCGGACACCAUCGCGGAUCUUUUAAGAGCUAACAUUAAGGUAUGGGUGCUAACCGGAGACAAACAAGAGACUGCAAUCAAUAUUGGCUACUCCACGAGACUUCUCUCAGCAGAAAUGGAGCUGGUCGUCGUCAAUGAGGCGACCCUCGAUAAUACACGAGCCUGCGUGAGUAAACAUCUUAACGAACGACGAGCGCAACUGGCAGCCCCUGAAAAUCAGCUUGGCCUUAUCAUUGACGGGAAGUCUCUGAAGCAUGCGCUGGACGCGAGCGUGCUCUUGGAGUUCGUCGAAUUGGCCCUUGCGGUUAAGUGCGUGAUAUGCUGUCGUGUGUCACCCAUGCAAAAAGCUGAAAUUGUGCAGAUGGUACGAACUCAGCGCCCUCAUACGGUUACAUUGGCAAUUGGAGACGGAGCUAAUGAUGUUGCAAUGAUACAGGCAGCGCAUGUUGGGGUUGGCAUCUCCGGUAUGGAGGGCCUACAGGCUGCAUGUUCGUCAGAUUAUUCAAUUGCACAGUUUCGUUUCCUGAGGAGACUGCUCUUCGUGCAUGGUGCCUGGAAUCAUAAUCGUCUGUGCAAGCUGAUCCUCUACUCGUUUCAUAAGAACGUCUGUUUGUAUGUUAUUGAGAUGUGGUUCGCCAUUUACUCGGGCUGGUCUGGGCAAACACUUUUUGAAAGAUGGACGAUAGCAAUGUACAAUGUAAUCUUCACAGCGUUACCGCCGUUAGCCAUCGGACUGUUCGAUAGGACCUGCUCGGCUGAAACUCGUAUGGCUUUUCCCGAGCUUUAUCGGCCCGACCAGAGCGAGGUCAGCCUUAAUAGGAAAACAUUUUGGGUGUGGAUUAUCGACUCUGUCUAUCAUUCGUUGGUGCUGUACUUUAUGACCAUGUUUUUGAUCGAUCAAGAUGUAGCAUGGUCUCAUGGACGUGACGGUGGAUACCUCGUCAUGGGAAAUAUAUGUUACACAUAUGUUGUCGUGACGGUUUCAUUGAAAGCUGGCCUAACAAUAAACGCCUGGUCUUGGCCUGUUCACGCGGCUAUUUGGGGUUCAAUUCUGUUGUGGUUCCUAUCCUUAGUGACAUACGCUAACGUGUGGCCUUAUCUACCGGUCGGUGCCGAGAUGGCCGGAAUUGAUCGGAUGGUUUUAUCAUCGGGACUGUUCUGGUUUGGUCUCAUUUUGAUACCAAUUACAGCAUUACUGUUGGACCUCGUUUUUGAAAUCGUUCGGCGAACUUUAUUCAAGACCUUAGCAAUGUCUAUCCGAGAAAGCGAAAUCGAGAACGAGGAGCCGAUUCCUCUGCCGAACGCCAAAUUGAGACUAAAUGAGACAGCACGUUUAAUCCGGAGCGUAUUCCGGCCCUUACCACGGCCGACACCUACGGAACCUCCGGAGUGUUCAAGGCAGGACGUCGAAAUGAAGCACGGCUAUGCGUUUUCAGCAGAGGAACAUGGAGUCGUAUCGCAGGGAGAGAUUGUUCGGCAUGCCGAUUCAACGAGGCAAAAACCAAAGGGGCAAUGAAUAAUACGAGUAGGGCUCGUAUAUGAUUUGCGCUCGUCAAAAGUUACAUCACGCACUCAUAUGUGAUACUCAUAUGUGAAACUUAGUGUUUUCGAAAAUGCUCUAUACAACUGUUUUAAUAAUUGUAGUUUCAAGUUGCACAUAGUAACUAUUUGCUAUUGACAUAUAGCUAUGUUUGGUGACAACUGGCCUGGAGUCUCUCGAAGCUAAAAUGAUCUGGCACUAUGAAGAAAUGUACGCAGAUUCAAAGAUGACCGCUCGUCACGUUCUGACUUACUGGAUCAUUGAAACCCAAUGACUCAAUACACGAUAGCAUGUACAUGUAAUUCAUAUGCUAGAAUCUGAAGUCGCGUUACAGAACUGCUACGAGAUUAAGCAAAAUCACCACUAGGCGUUCUGGAAGGGUCUUAAUCAAAGACGUGUUGUAACAGGCAGUUCGCGGCGCGAGACGACGGCCGGCUAAAUCAUCGCGGUAUUUGUCUAUACUUUCGUGAAACACUGAGUGGCCAAUAUAUUCUAUUUCUUCGAAGGUAGCAAUAGUAAUUUUUAAUUAUGCCUAACAUACUUCAUAGUUUACUCCAUUACCUAUCGAGCAGUGUACUAGAAAUUUGUCGAACGUGAUGGUUGUUUGCUGGGUCUGGGCCACAGUUCACCGAACACCUUGAGUGCUACAGAGAUGACAGUGAACGAGAUAAUAACUGCAUCGUAUCAAUUUAAAACUUAAUCAAAAGCAAAGUUAUAGACUACUCCGUAUCGGUCCGUACGCUACGAAAGUAGACACUGCACGCGAAGUGUUCUUACAUCAACAGGAAGGAUGGGUAGCAAACAGCUGCCGUCUAUGGAAUCGAUAAUACUGAACUUUCUUUUACUCGCAGGAGGGACUGCGUGUAUAUACACCUCGCUGCUGAUAAGUAUCUCUUAAUCAUGUGAUCGAUUAAUAUACUUCAUUUAGAGGGAAGUUGAAUUGGGCUUUGCUAGAUUUAUUGCCUUGCUGUAUGUAUAUACGUACGACACGUACGAAGCGCUAUCAGAUUUAUAGCAACAGUAAACGUAGAAGUUGUUGAUAUAAUUCAGAGAUGUUUAACUGUCGUGUCUCAACUAUCACUAGCGAGUGAAACCGACCGAGUGAAUAUUGCCAUAUGGCAUAGAGCGGAUAAAGUAAACGUGAGAAAAAAAAAAACGCUUUUGAGAUGCUUGCGUAUCGUAAUCAUCUUCGCACAUUAGGCGUAUGGCAGUUCCUCAUAUUGACCUAUGCAUCGGUACAUCCUAUAUCUUCACGCCACUGAUUCUUCCUCUACGUAACACUAUAUUCUAAAAUAUCGCUGCCCGUUAUACUUUGCAUCACAUGAUGACUGCGGAAAGACUUGAUGCGGUGACCCUUCCCAUUCGUCUAGGAUUUUUUUCUAGUGCACAAUUAAUUGCGCGAGCUACUUCCUAGAGCGGCCCUUCGCAACUAAAACAUUAUAAAAAAAAAACAAGAUUUUCCAACUUACUGCUUCGAGGAAUAAUGGCACAUGUACCUAUUCACACAGUUAUCAUUAGUUAGCUAAUAUGUAUCUACCAACGCUGUCUUCUUGAGGUCGAUUUUUACCUACAGACGAAUACGACAUUGUUUUCUCUGAUGUCGCUGGCAAUAUCUACUUGAAUGAUGUCUAGGCACUGUAUAACGGAUAUACAUUUAACACAUCGUCGAAAAGUACAAAAUGCCCUUCGUGUAGUUGUGUUUACAUUUGACUCUAUUCCAUUUUUACUUAUGAAUGGAAAACACGCUAGUGUAUCUACUUAUGAGCUGUCUUUGAAAGCCUUUCGCAGACUAGGUAAUUUGUUUUUUGGCCAUUUCGUAACGAAAGUCGUUGUGGCUAGAUUUGCCUUUAAACUUACUUAAUAUGGAUUUUCCUGUAACGCGGAUCGAGCCCUCCUGCCCUCGUCGUGUCUCUUGACUCAUAACAAUAGAGAGCUUCUGUAUUAAGAAAUUAUUGGCAUAAGCCCGAGUACCAAAACCCUUACUUUGGUAGACAGAUUGAACUAUGGCACUCAUCACGAAUUGGCGGAAUGUACGCAGUUUAAGGCCCACCUUUGUAAUUUGCAUAAAAACAGCAUCUAAGUGCUCAGGAUUUAGAUUUCAACGAAUUACUAUCGGGAAAAAAAAAUGUAGAACAUUUAAUUUCCUAAGCUGGUAUUCCACUCACAACGAACAUGUUUAGGAGCUAUAAUUUCGUUCGAAAGUAUUGCAGUAAAGAUUUAUAACAGGGAUAGCAUUAGAGGGAGCCUUGUAGACAUAAAUGCAUGCAUAAAGAAGCACUAUUAGAAAGAAUCUUCUUGAUCUGCCGAUGUUACACUAAGAGGUGACAACGUACUCGUAUACGUAAGAAAUACGUUGAGAGGUAUCCGUAUUACCAAGCAGGUGUUGUGUAGACCUAUAGAAAAUAGGUCAAUUGGUUCCGGCUUGAUUUUCAAAAAUCAGAACACGAAGUGCCAGCUGCCUGAAAACACAAUAUUUAAAUGAAGCUUCUAAUAAACGGCUUACUUUCAUCCUCUGUUGGUUAAAUGAAUAACUGUUCAAUUCUAUUAUCAUGGUCAACAGUGGUUGUAAGAAUUAGACCAAAAGAGCAAAACAGUCGAACGAUAACAAAGGCUCUGGUAGUUGAGGGUCGAUACUCGCAGCGGCCGACUUUCGUAGACUGAUUUUAACAGCAUGAUUCUACAAUCCGUCUGCUGAAAAAACUUCGUUUUUUCUAGUUCACAUAUUGAAAUUGCCCCAGGAUGCUGGAUACUCACACUGCCAAAGUAAUCUGCGAACCGAUCCACAGAUUACUUUGGCAGUGUGAGUAGGGCGUAAGUUCAUAUAUAAAGAGAGAAAGAUAUUUAGAACGUAUGAACUUAAGAUAUGAAACUUUAUGGUGCUAUUAUAAAGUUACACAUAAUCUACAAUCGACCAAAAAAUAAGGUAGAAGGCAAUCGGACAGUAACGAAAUAUUGGAAGCUUGUAUAUUAUAACAGUAGCUUUUCCUCAAAUAAGCCAUCUAUGUAUGCUCCAUGUAGAAAUAUGCUGGUCUAUUCUAAGGGAGAGAACUAUCAUUUAUUUUCGGAAUUAGCGGAACUGUUAUAAUCCUUAUCGGUUUAGUGAACACCUAAAACCUAAUAAAAAAAACUUCAAUGAAUUGGAUUAUCAUUAUACAUUUAUUCCAUCUAGCACAGAUCACUAUGAAGGACGCAAUAAAAGGUAAUCAUGUAUUUUGA